CAUAGCAACACACCAACACCCACCACAGAAGAGAGCGAUGGUAGCAUAGCCUCAGCUUCUACCACCUCCUCGGGGGUAACACCCAGCUCUACCUCACAUGGUAGUAGUACCAUGGACGCUCCCGCCUCAACCACAGGAUCCACAAGUGCUCUCUCCCGUGAGACAAGCAGCCUUCAAACACUGCAAAGCUCCCCCGCAGGCGCAACAGUCACAGUAGGCCAUGUGAGUUCUGGCACAGCAUCCGCCAGUACUGCCUCGGCGGAAGCAGAACUCUCCCCAACCACGCCCAGCCCGACACGCACUGCACAUACCCAUGCACCCCCACACAGCACCUCCACACAGACCACUUCCGGGGUGAGUGAGGCUACCACAAGCGUCUUUUCCCCAAGUGCUCUCCCCGGGGUAACGCAUAGCUUCAGAACAACACCCACCACAGAAGAGAGCGAUGGUAGCAUAGCCUCAGCUUCUACCACCUCCUCGGGGGUAACACCCAGCUCUACCUCACAUGGUAGUACUACCAUGGACGCUCCUGCCUCAACCACAGGAUCCACAAUUCCUCUCUCCCGCGAGACAAGCAGCCUUCCAACUCGACACAGCUCCCCCGCAGGCGCAACAGUCACAGUAGGCCAUGGGAGUUCUGGCACAGCAUCCGCCAGUACUGCCUCGGCGGAAGCAGAACUCUCCCCAACCACGCCCAGCCCGACACGCACUGCACAUACCCAUGCACCCCCACACAGCACCUCUACACAGACCACUUCGGGGGCGGGUGAGGCUACCACAGGCGUCUUUUCCCCUAGUGCUCUCCCCGGGGGGACCCAUAGCUUGAAAACAACGCGCACCACGGAAGUGAGCGACGAGAGCAUAGCCUCAGCUUCUACCACCUCUUCGGGGGUAACUCCCAAUCCUACCUCACAGUCUAGUAGUACCGUGUACGCUCCCGCCUCAACCACAGCAUCCACAAGAGCUCUCUCCCGCGAGACAAGCAGCCUUCCAACUCGACACAGCUCCCCCGCAGGCGCAACAGUCACAGUAGGCCAUGUGAGUUCCAGCACAGCAUCUGCCAGUACUGCCUCGGCGGAAGCAGAACUCUCCCCAACCACGCCCAGCCCGACACGCACUGCACAUACCCGUGCACCCCCACACAGCACCUCUACACAGACCACUUCGGGGGCGAGUGAGGCUACCACAGGCGUCUUUUCCCCCAGUGCUCUCCCCGGGGGGACCCAUAGCUUGAAAACAACGCGCACCACGGAAGUGAGCGACGAGAGCAUAGCCUCAGCUUCUACCACCUCUUCGGGGGUAACUCCCAAUCCUACCUCACAGUCUAGUAGUACCGUGUACGCUCCCGCCUCAACCACAGCAUCCACAAGAGCUCUCUCCCGCGAGACAAGCAGCCUUCCAACUCGACACAGCUCCCCCGCAGGCGCAACAGUCACAGUAGGCCAUGUGAUUUCCAGCACAGCAUCUGCCAGUACUGCCUCGGCAGAAGCUCAAGUCUCCCCAACCAC